AUGAGCCGGGACUACAACGACCUUGCGACUAUGAGUGAGGAGGGUGACUGUGAAAUUCAGCUCCGAAACGGUAUGUCGGCUAGGUGGGAUUUUGACGUGGGCAAAGAGGGAUAUGGGGAAGCAGGUCUACAUAGGGAAAGGCUAAUAAUAAUAAUAAUAAUAAUAAUAAUAAUAACAACAACUUAUUAUUUGUACCCUGCCCAUCUGGCUGGGCUUCCCCAGCCACUCUGGGCUGCUUCCAAAAAAAUAUUAAAAUACUGUAAUACAUCAAACAUUAAAAGCUUCCCUAAACAGGGCUGCCUUCAGAUGUCUUCUAAAAGUCUGGUAGUUGUUGUUUUCUUUGACAUCUGGUGGGAGGGUGUUCCACAGUGUGGGCACCACUACCAAGUAGGCCCUCUGCCUGGUUCCCUGUAGCUUUGCUUCUCGCAAUGAGGGAACCGCCAGAAGGCCCUCGGAGCUGGACCUCAGUGUCCGGGCAGAAAGAUGGAGGUGGAGAUGCUCCUUCAGGUAUACUGGGCCUUUGGGGCCAUUUAGGGCUUUCAAGGUCAGCAAAGACACUUUGAAUUGUGCUCAGAAACAUACUGGGAGCCAAUGUAGGUCUUUCAAGACCGGUGUGAUAUGGUCUCCGCAGCUGUUCCCAGUCACCAGUCUGGCCUGUCUCCUUCUGGCCUGUCAGCUAAGAAUAGCCAUGGGGUCCUUGUGCGAUGGGUGAGGACCAAGGAAGUUAGUGAAGCUAGCUCUGUUGACCCAUGCCUACCUUCCCGAAAGAGCAAGGACUAGUUCAAGAUUGAUUACUUCCAAGAAAUGAGCAUACCAUACAGUCACAUCCGACACCUACAAAUCCACUGCAACUCUAUAAAAUGUAGGCGGACUCCCCACUAGCCUUUUUCUCUGUAAUUGGGAUAGGGGUUCCUUGGGGCUACUGUGCCUUCAGUUAAAAUGUUCCUUCCUUCUCUCCACCACAUGCCAUAGUAGCUGUGAGGUCUUUUGGCACUUCCUGCUGAGUGUUGCUGAGGGAUUAUAGUGAUUAAGGUAAAGGGACCCCUGACCAUUAGGUCCGGUCGUGGCCGACUCUGGGGUUGCGGCGCUCAUCUCGCUUUACUGGCCGAGGGAGCCGGCGUCCAGCUUCUGGGUCAUGUGGCCAGCAGGACUAAGCCGCUUCUGGCGAACCAGAGCAGCGCACGGAAACGCCGUUUACCUUCCCGCCGGAGUGGUACCUAUUUAUCUACUUGCACUUUGACUUGCUAGGUUGGCAGGAGCAGGGACCGAGCAACGGGAGCUCACCCCGUCGCGGGGUUUUGAACCGCCGACCUUCUGAUCAGCAAAUCCUAGGCUCUGUGGUUUAACCCACAGCGCCACCCGCGUCCCAUCCUUAUGCCAUAUAAUUAUGAACUAUUACUGAUCACACUAUAACUAAAAUUUGUAAUUCAACAAAUCAGUAUGGCAAAUUCAGCCCACACUUUCCCCUGUCUCAUAAUCUUUCUGCCUCUGAUCCCUGUCCCUUCUCCACCUCCUCUUCCUCUCAAACUGUGGCCUGCUUUCCACCCUUCCUUCAGUCACCCUCUUUCUGAGCUUCCCCUCCAUCUAUGAACUCUGCUCACUCCCUGGCCUUCCCUACAAAACUCCUCCUUUCCUUUAGGGCCUGUGUGAAAUCACUUUCCCCCUGGGUGACAAUUUCCCCUUCCCUCAAAGAAGCUGGCCUGCAAACAUCCCGACCGUUUUUACUGCCUGGUUGCUAGGAAUGCUCAUAAACAUCACAGCAUUGCAGCCAAGUGGUGUCAGAAGUGUCAAGCAACGUUGACAGAUAAAUUACUGGAGAAGAUCUAAAAUGCAAGCUGGAGUUGAGGGUGGAUUCCUGACCGAUGUCCCUUCUCCUCAGCCUCCCAGAAACGCCCCCCGGGCCUAUCAUGGAGGCAACGAAUCUGCCCCAGCCGUCGCCUGGUCCUGAUCCUGCUGGGAGUGGGCGCCAUCCUCACCAUCGCAAUCAUUGUCUUUGGCGCCAAAGGUGAGUUCUUCAUCAUUUGAAGGGAGAACGUUUAAGCCUGUCGUAGCCUCCAGUCUGGAUUGCUUUAAAAGAGGACUGUGUAGAUCCAGAAGGACAUGUCAUAUGUUCUUAUGUUCUUGCCCCCACCCCAGGCAGUGACCACAUCUCUCAGUUAUUGGGGUUGAAGGAUGAAAUCACAAGCAUGAAUCAAAGUGUUGGUGAAGGGAUGGUUGCUUCCCAGCACAAGGGUAAGUGAAGGCAGCACUGUGGGUUCAAAGGAAAGUGAAACCUGUUCUUUUCUUUUCUUUUUCAAUAUAUUUUUAUUAUUUUCAUUAAUAAAACAUAAAAUAUAACAACAUUACAAUAAUCAAUCAAAUGCAUUUGCUCCGCUGAGUUCAUGACUUCCCUCCCUCCCUUCAACUGGUUUCCUUCUUCCUCAUAAAUUGUACACACCUUUCUAUUGUCCGUUUCUGUCCUUUAAUACAUAUCCAAUCCUUCUAUUGUCUAUGGUCAGAUACUAUUACUAUACAGUCAUACCUCAUGUUACGUUUGCUUCAUGUUACGUUUUUUCAGGUUGCGUCCCGCGGCGACCCGGAAGUACCGGAAAGGGUUACUUCCGGGUUUCACCGCUCACGCAUGCGCACAAGCGCCAAAUCGCACCGCGCACCUGCGCAGAUACGGCGCUUCAGGUUGCGGGCUUUUCAUGUUGCGAACAGGCCUCUGGAAUGGAUCCUGUUUGCAACCAGAGGUACCACUGUACUGUGUUGCAGAAUUUAUGUAAGUUCUGCUGGUGUCUUCAGCUUUUUACAAUAGCCUCCAACAAUAGCUACCUUUUUACAAUAGCUACCAACCCCAAUUUGUGCAUUUGCAGAGGCAGACACGGAAGCGAAAAUGAAGGACCUGGAGGGGAAGGUCAAAGAGCUAGCAGAGAAAGAGGAAGCAGGUGAGUUGAGGAGGCACCACCUGGUGCAAAAUGUCUGCAUGGAGAACUUGGGCAAUCACUUUUGAAGGCAGCAAUACUUCUGAAUCACUCUCGUGCUCGGAUCCUGUUUGUGGGUUUCCCUAUUGAGGCAACUGAGCGGCCACUGUGAGAACAGGAUGCUGGACUAGGAGGGCCAUUGGCCUGAUCCAGCUAAAGGCUCUUCCUAUGCCCACUCCCCAGCACCUUAAAAAGCAGAGACAUCACCUUGCCAACAAAGGUCCGUAUAGUUAAAGCUCUGGUUUUCCCAGUAGUGAUGUAUGGAAGUGAGAGCUGGACCAUAAAGAAGGCUGAUCGUCGAAGAAUGGAUGCUUUUGAAUUCUGGUGCUGGAGGAGACUCUGGAGAGUCCCAUAGACUGCAAGAAGAUCAAACCUCUCCAUUCUGAAGGAAAUCAGCCCUGAGUGCUCACUGGAAGGACAGAUCCUGAAGCCGAGGCUCAAGAGAUUGACCUCCUCAUGGAAAAGACUCCUGGAAAGAGGUUGGGAAAGAUGGAGGGUACAAGGAGAAGGGGACGACGGAGGACGAGAUGGUGGGACAGUGUUCUCGAAGAGACCAGCAUGAGUUUGACCAAACUGCGGGAGGCAGUGGAAGACAGGAGUGCCUGGCGUGCUCUGGUCCAGGGGGCCACGAAGAGGCGGACACGACUGAACAACAACAACAUGUCCUCUCCCAAUGCUGACAAUCCUCCACCUCCAGGAUGUAAUAAGGCAGCAGCCUGGAGCCCCUGCAGAUGUUUAAUUAUGGGAACCUGCAAUCAGGAUCCGAGCACAAGAGCAACUCUCUCGUCCUGGGGUUUCCAGCAACUGGUGUUCAGAAGCAUCGCUUCCUCUGACUCUGAUGGGAGAGCAUUGCAAUCCUAGUUUAUAGCUAGUGGAAUCAUAUGGGGAAGUUUCAGGAGGGAGGAGAGCAGGGGAUAGAAACCUUUUUCUUUUUAUAAAUGAUAUUUAUUAAGUUUGCCAAUUUAACGAUCCAAUAAAAACCACAUCCAAUCAUUCCAAAUUAAAAUACAACAAAACGCCCAAAGAAGCAUGCCAAAUUAUAAAUCUUUGGGUGACUUCCCACGCUCUGAAGUUCAGGGAGUGAUGAUCUAAUAUUGUUAAUUAAGCAUCCUUAAUUAGUCAGAUAGACCUGAUAAACGGAAGAGGCAGGAAUGAAGAUUUGGAGAUAUGCUUCAGAGGUCCAGACUAUGGGGAGCCCGAAAAAAAUUAAUAAUUACAAUUUGGACUAUAAUUUGGUGGGUUUUUUUAUUUUUAAUUGGAUUAUGAUUCGGAUAUCUUGAUUGGGUGUUUUUAUUGGACAAUCAAUAAAAAUGAUUAAAAAAAAAGAUAGUCCCGAUAAACAUUUCUGAUGUUGAUCCUUCAUUUAUUUUUAACAGUUCUUUUAAACAAGCGGGUUAGUCCUUUGUAGUUCUGUGUGAAAUAUUGUCCUGUAAUCCAACGUUCACUUUCACUUUCUUAAUGCGUCACAGCCAAGAUUGAGAGAGAUGUCGCCUUUUUUGCCAUUGGUGCUGGGCAGAUACCCAAAAUUUCCUCCUGUCAUCUUUUUCCAGCUGCUAGCGAGUUGAUGUUUCUGUAAAAAAAAACCACGCCACAGUUCCCAUCAUAAAUUCUUUUUAUCAUUCCAUUAAAGGUCUUUGCCAGAAUCAUAGCCCAGAUUUCACACAGUCAAUUUUGUAGCGAAACCAUGACAAUAACGACAGCAAGACACCCUUUCAGCCCCGCUUGCUUAUUUCAAACCGUCCUUCAGGAAAGAUUUGCCGAAUAAAACAGCAAAUGCGAAAUAUAUCAAGAGGAAGUAAUGGAGGCUCGCUUCCUCCAACAUACCGAUAGUUGCAAGGAAAGUCCUUCUCCAGGUCGAAUCCUUGGCACCCAGUGGCUGAAUCAGUUAGCAGAGUACUUUAUCUCCCCUAGUUCAGAGCAUGUCUGUUAGCUAAGUCCGAAUUUUAUCUUUAAAAAGCAGGUGUCCGCUGCUCAUGGCGACAGCUUUGGAGAGUUGCCAAAACACACGGUAAAAUGCACACAGCGCCUCCUGCCCCCCACAUUCCUUCAGAGCGGGCGGCAGGUAUCGGACGAUCUGUGGGUGAAGAGUUGGGAGGAUAAUUACUCCCAUAUUAUCCUUGAUUAGCACGAAAAGGAAUGGGUACAGCCAUUCGCCAUGGCAGACAAACAGGAGGUCCCGAUAGAAACCUGCUCCUCCGUGGAGCCUUCGACGUUUUUGCAAAUGUUCCUGGUCUGUGUGCAUUUCCCCCCUCUGAAAGUCAAAUGUGGCUGCCUAACUAGCCACCUCCCCCAGUGUGGUGUAGUGGUUAAGAGCGGUAGUCUCGUAAUCUGGGGAACCGGGUUCGCGUCUCCGCUCCUCCACAUGCAGCUGCUGGGUGACCUUGGGCCAGUCACACUUCUCUGAAGUCUCUCAGCCCCACUCACCUCACAGAGUGUUUGUUGAGGGAGAGGAAGGGAAAUGAGAAUGUGAGCCCCUUUGAGACUUCUUUGGGUAGUGAUAAAGCGGGAUAUCAAAUCCAAACUCCUCUUCUUCUUCUUUUAUGUUUUUUUCCUCUCUCUCUUCGCUCUCACCAGCCAAGACGCAACUCCUGACCCGGCUGAAAGACAUGCAAAAGAGCUUCCGACUCAUGUAUUGCGAGCUCGAGGAUUUCAAGAACAACCGAACAGGUCAGGAGGGGGGCAGCCGGAAAACGGGUGGGGUGGGGGGCUAAAGAGGUGGGAUGUUCUCCCCAGGGACGGGCGGCAAAAAAGUUCCUCAGGCCUUUGACUGAUUAAUAUUCUACAGCCUUUUAAAUGUGCCUUUGGGGGGGGGGUGUAUCAUUUUGCUGUUUUCCUUCAUUUAGCUUCAUGUUUUUAUCCUGUAUUCAUGGUUUUUAUCCUGUGUACUGCCCUGAGAUCUUACAAUGAAGGGCGGUAUAAUAAUAAUAAUAAUAAUAAUAAUAAUAAUAAUAGAAUUUAUAUACCGCCCUGUACCUGGAGGUCUCAGGGCGGUGCACAGAACAAAAUUAAAAUAUAAAACCACAAAAUAUAUAAUCAAAAUAAAAACAACAACCCAAUAAGCCCCCCCCCCAAGCCACAUUUUACAAGGGCAUGGGAUAAUAAUAAUAAUAAUAAUAAUAUUAAAAAAUAAUACGACGUCAGACAUUAAAAACUUCCCUGAACAUGGCUGCCUUCGGAUGUCUUCUAAAAGUCUGGUAGUUGUUGUUCUCUUUGACAUCUGGUGGGAGGGCGUUCCACAGGGCGGGCGCCACCACCGAGAAGGCCCUCUGCCUGGUUCCCUGCAACCUCACUUCUCGCAGGGAGGGAACCACCAGAAGGCCCUCGGAGCUGGACCUCAGUGUCUGGGCUGAACGAUGGGGGUGGAAACGCUCCUUCAGGUCUACUGGGCUGAAGAUGUUGGAGAAUUACAGCGCCUGUUGUGGCUGUAGAGACUGAUAUGGGAGAGAUGUGUUUUGUUGCAACUGAGGCGACUGAAGGUGUCAGGUUGUGCUGCUACAGAUGUACCGUGGCAUUUCUUCUCUUUGUGCUCCUCCCUGCGGUCAUUCCUCCUCUGGUCACUGCUGGGGACACAUGACCUGAUAGUCUGUCUUCUGGCUGAAAUCAGUGGACUUCCGCUGUUUCAUUGGGUCUAUACAGAGUUUGACUAUUGCUCCCUUUAUCUUCCUCCCUUUGUGUUGUCUGAUCUUCCAGCUAACCCAAAGGAAUGUUGUCCGAAAGGGUGGGACUUCUUUCGUAAAAGCUGUUACUGGGAGUCUGGAAAGAGUAAAUCCUGGGAGGAGGCCAAGGUCAACUGUGAAGUCCAAAAUGCCCACCUGGUGAUCAUCGACUCCAUUGAGGAACAGGUAGGUGCCCAGUAGGUUUUGUGUUGGAGAGAGCGGUUUGGAAGAGAUGUGUAGCAGAGUUAGCACUAAAAAAAGUAGUAUAAACACCGACAACUGGGAAACACUGGCUUGCGAGCGCUCCAGUUGGAGAACAGCCUUUACCAAAGGUGUCGUGGGCUUUGAAGACACUUGAACUCAGGACGCAAGGGAGAAACGUGCUAAGAGGAAGGCACGCCUGGCAAAUCCACACCGUGAUCAACUCCCGCCUGGGAACCAAUGUUCCCACUGUGGAAGGACGUGUGGGUCCAGAAUUGGCCUCCACAGUCACUUAUGCACUCAUUGUUAAAACCAUGUUUAUGGAAGACAAUCUUACAAUCUUCGGCUACAAGAGAUCGCCAAAGAAGAUUGCUCCAAGCACAUUGAAACUUGGUUAGAUUUACACCUGCCCACUUCCACCUUUAAACAGAUGUUCCCCACAAAAAUACCUAGGCUAGAAUAAAUCACAGGCGCUUGGCUUUGCAAAUAGGUGAAGGUUUUACUCACAGAGUUCCAGGCAUAACAGCCAACAAGUCACAAUCUGUUGGCAGUAAAGCAAAUCUGUUGGCAGUAAAGCAAAGAAGAAAAAGAUUCCCCCUUGCAAAAUGGCGUUGAAAAUGUGUCAUUAGCGCUAGGGUGCUAAUGCGUUUUCAUUGGGGUUCUCCAAAAAUAAAAAAAUCGAUGUGGAAAUGUAAAGAACUGAAUUUAAGAUGGGGGAAACUGAGAGCAAGUUAAGAGAUCCUUCUGUUUCCCUCCCCUCUGUGCUUUUUUUCCACGCCAGCAAUUUGUGGCCGUCCGUGUGCACCCGCAGUAUAUGUGGAUCGGCUUGACUUACACCAGCGGGAGCUGGAAGUGGGUGGACGGAAGGCCCUAUACAUUUAGCCAAGGGUAAGUUCGCGGGCGGCAGUGUGGCCAACCCAUAAUGCAAUGCGGGGCACGCUAGGGGCUGGUGCCGUAAAGUAGCAGGCCCUGCCAAAGUCCUUCUGGAGCGAAGACUUUGGCCACCUUCACACCAUACGUUCAAAGCCCUGGGGUACAGCUUUAAACAGUCCUGGCUUCCCUCCAGAGGAUUCUGGGAGCUGUGGCAUGUUCGGGAGACUUCCGAGGAACUGUCUGUUCCUCUCACAGAACUACAAUUCCCAGAUUUCCCUGGGAGGAGGGAUUGAUUGUUAAACCACUCUGGGAAUUGCAGAAUAGGGGUCAGCGGGGUCUGCCUCCUCUCCUCCCUCUUUCCUCUUGCAAAUUUAUUAUUAUUAUUAUUAUUAUUAUUAUUAUUAUUAUUAUUAUUUCAAUUUAUACACCGCCAUAUACAUGGAGGUCUCAGGGCGGUUCGCAACAAGACCACAACAUAGAAAAGCAAACCAAAAUUCACCUCUGUUGUUGCAAAUUAUUAUUGUUGUUGUUAUUAUUAUUAUUAAUUCAAUUUAUACACCGCCCUAUGCCCGGAGGUCUCAGGGCAGUUCACAACAAGAGCACAACAUAGAAAAUCAAACCACAAGCAGUAACCCAAUAACCCCCCCCAAGCCACAUUCUAAAAGGAUGUUGGAUGUCAAUAAGAUCAACCAAAGGCCUGGUGAAAAAGGAACGUUUUUGCCUGGCACCUAAAGGUGUAUAAUGAAGGCACCAGGCAAACUUCCCUGGUGAGAGUAUCCCUCAGACGGGGAGCCACCACAGAGAAGGCCCCGUUCUUGCAUUGCCACCCUCCGGACCCCUUGAGGAGGUGGCACAUGAAGAAGGGCCUCAGAAGAUGAUCUUAGGGUCUGGGUUGGUUCUUGAGGUACUGCGAUCCUGAGCCAUUUAAGGCUUUAUAGAUCAAAACCAACACUUUGAAUUGGGCCUGGAAACUAAUCGGUAGCCAGUGCAUUCGGACCAAGAUCGGUGAAAUAUGCUCAAACCGUCUGCUCCAGUGAGCAAUCUGAAUUCUGCACCAGCUGAAGCUUCUGAACCAAAUUACUGCAUAGAUUCUCUAGGCCCCACCCCCUGUGACAUCACUCCUGGACUUCACCAGGGGCCACCCCUAAGACACAGAUAUAGGCCCUGCAGUCUCAGGAUGUGGGGUGCUCCUGACUUGGGAACCCUAAUUGGAGGGCAAUGGUUCAUCAAAGCAUGUGGUUUUAGCCUCAGGCUGAGCCCCUGUCCCUCUGGACCUAGAAUUUCAACCUCUCAACCCCUUUGCUGAGUAACCAAGUAGAUUCCGCGCUCCUGCUUCCCGGGCCUGAACCUGGAGGGGGUUUUGAGGAUCGCAACCCGUGUCUUCACCUCUCCUUUCCCUCCCCGUGCCCCCGUCUAGGGACUGGGUUCCAGGUCAGCCAGAUAACUCUUCCAGCCAUGGACUUUUGGGAGGAGAGAACUGCGUCCACUUCCACAGCGACGGCCGCUGGACCGACGACCACUGCUCUCUCGACUUUGGCUGGAUCUGCGAGAUGGAGAUGACCGAUUAA